AUCUUGAUCCCCGUCCUCCUGCCCGCGAGCCAGAUUGGACGCCGCGGGAGCGCCCAGAUCCCGCCAUGAAUCCCGAGUAUGAUUACCUCUUCAAGCUUUUGCUUAUUGGAGACUCAGGUGUUGGCAAGUCAUGUCUGCUGUUAAGAUUUGUUGACGACUCAUACCUGGAUAGUUACAUCAGUACUAUUGGAGUUGAUUUUAAAAUAAGGACCGUGGAGCAGGAUGGAAAGACUAUCAAGCUGCAAAUCUGGGACAUUGCUAGGCAAGAACGUUUUAGAACUAUUACCAGCAGCUACUACCGAGGGGCCCAUGGGAUUAUUAUCGUCUAUGAUGUGACAGACCAAGAUAGCUUCAACAAUGUGAAGCAGUGGUUGAACGAGAUUGACCGCUAUGCCAGUGAGAAUGUGAACAAGCUUCUGGUGGGGAACAAAUGUGAUCUGGCUGACAAAAGAGCUGUGUCAUAUGAAACAGCAAAGGCAUUCGCUGAUGAGAUUGGCAUUCCAUUCAUGGAGACCAGUGCAAAGAAUGCCCUGAAUGUUGAACAGGCUUUCAUGGCCAUGGCUGCUUCGAUCAAGGAUAGGAUGGCGAGCCAGCCAGCCGCAAACAACGCUCGCCCGGCUACUGUACAGAUCCGCGGGCAACCUGUCGAGCAGAAGACCAGCUGUUGCUCAUCUUAGAAAACCAUGCAAACUUGUUGAUGCUCCAUCACCUUUAUACAUGUUUUCUUAUUUGUUUUUACUUGUUAUCUUUAUUCUUUUCUUUCUAGUGUACCUGCCUUCUGAA